AUUUUGAACUUCCUCCUGGGAGUUCUCACUCAGGCUGAAGCUCAGCUCGAUCAGGCUCAGGUGGCGGCUGUUAUUAACCACCGUAAUCACUCGGGGAACACAGCGUUGCACUGGGCAGCGCUGAACACGCAUUUGGAGUGCGUGAAGGCGCUUGUUGGGGCGGGUGCUGAUAUCUCCAUUACGAAUGAUGCUGGGUUAGAUCCUGUGUUCCUCGCUGAGCGAGCUGAUUGGUCAACCGAGGAGCAGGGUGAGGAGCAGGAUGAGGCUGAGGCUGAAGUAAAGGCAGAGGCACAGGAUGGUGAAGGCGAUGCUGGGAAAAUGUCCAAGGGGAGACAGGUUGUGGAGUGGUUGUUGAGUUCGGAGAAGGGUAGUGAGUUGGAAAGCGGUGCUGGGGAGAAUGCUCCUGCUGCUGCGGAGGGAUCGAUGCAAUGA